AUGUCGUUCCGUGCUGUCACUUCGCCGGUAGUACGUCGCUUCCUUGAAGCAAAUAAACGCAAGGUUAUGCAACAACGGUUUGCCUCAACGGGCAACCACUACUCGGAUCUGCGUGGAUUUACAAUGACCGAUAUAAAGAAGAAUUAUGCCGUUGUGCCGUUGGUGGUCAUCAUGGCAACGGCAGUUAUCGGAUGUACGGGCUUCAUAAUUUACGCCAGUUUUACCCGCGUGGAUGUGAGCUUGAACAAAAAAGUGUUCCCGCAUGACACCAUGGACGUUAUGAAUCCACAGAAAAGAAAGAUUCUUGUGUACAACCAAAAGUAUGAACCGAAUCCGGAACUGCACCAGGCCCUCAGCUACCGCGAGGAGUACGAAAAAUUGGACAAAUAA